AUGAAUAUAAAAAUUGACGAUUAUUUAAAAGAAUUAAAACAAGCUAUAGAAAAAUAUAUUCGUAAAAAUGAUCCAUCAGAAUUGUUUCGUCGAAUAUGUAAAUUAUUAUGCAAUUCUGAUGAAAAUGGAUUAGUAUUACAUGAUGCUAUAAAAAAUGAACAUAUUAAAUUGGUAUUACCACUUAUUGAACAAAUUAUUAACAUGUGUUCAAGAAAAGAUCUAUUAGAAAAAGUAAAUAAAGAUGGUGAAACGCCAUUAUUAAUGGCAGUGAAAUUUAAACAAUGGAUAUUAAUUGAAUCUAUUAUUAAAAAAUCGAAUUGA